CCUGUCACCUGGGAAGGGGCGGCAGUCACAUAUGCUGAGCACACAGCAAGACAGACGUCAGAAUACAAAGAUGUGUUCCUCAGCACCUUGGACCAAAGAAAUCAGUGAGAGACACUGAACGGGUUGUGUUCUAAUAUUGUGGAACCCAAUCAACACAGGUAAGACAUUUUAAUUUAAGACCUGAAUGUCAUUUGAUUGAUUUCAGUAAGGCGGAAACACCUGGAGACAAGUGGAUAAUUGAGAGAGACUUGAUUUGUGACACACUGCCCAGGCAGGUUGAAAAGUUUGGACUGAUUAAAUGAAAGUGAAGAAGAAAUUGAGAUGUUUCUUUUCAAAUUCUGUCAUCAUAUAUUAUGACAGCUUUGGAAAUAGGGUGCAAGAAGAAACUUGAUUUCACCAUAUGAAGAGGUCAGUGAAAGUUUUAUCCAGCACAAGGUUAACAACAUUAAUGAUCUGAUUAGCUGAUCAGAUAGAAUUGUAGUACAUAUAUCUUUUGCCAUAAACUCAGUUUGUUUUUUUAUGAAGGUGUGUUCCUUGUUGCUGGUUAAAUGACGACAUUCCUCUGAGCCACUGAGCUGUGUUGCAGCAUUGUUUUCACGCAAGAAAGAAAAUCUACUGCAGGCAAAAUGCGGGACAUGCUGGAGAGACUGCAGACCAUUAGUGGAGAGCAGGAGGACCACGAGCCAGAGUUUAAUGGACCUGAGCAUGACGUAGACAAUAUGACUUUUUCCCAACAGGCAGUCGUUUUUGAGAACUCCUCCGCAAUUGACAACAUCCUGAAGGAAGCCCACUCCAUACGCAAGGAGAUCUCCGCCCUCCUUUUGGAGGUUGAGCACCUGAGCACACACAAUGAACGCUUUGGGACCUCUGUGCGUCGCUUUUCUCUGAUCAAAAAGGACUCUGACUCCAUCGCCAGAGGGAUCCAGCAAAGUGGGGAGGCCCUAUUCAACCGUCUGCAGGCUCUGGGUAAUAAGAGCAGCCAGCUGGAGGAGAAAGAAGGCCCUGGCUCUGCUGUCAGCCGCAUUGCCCGAGUUCAGUAUGACACACUCACAAGAGAUUUUCAUGUUGUCAUGAGCGGCUACAACAAGGCUGAGGAGAUGCAGAGGAGCAUAUGUCGAGAGAGGAUCCAGAGACAGACCUCGAUUAUGGGGACUGACAUCACAGAUGAGCAGCUGGAUGUGCUGGUGAACAAAGGUGGUGCGGGACUGGCAGAGCUGUCCCAGAGUCUGCAGACACAAGGUGGACGCACCAGCCACUGGGCAUUGUCUGAGAUCAAAGGAAGACACAAGGAACUGGUGGAGUUAGAGGCCAGGCUGAAGGACAUCCAUGAACUAUUCCUGAACAUGGCCAUGCUGGUGGAGGAGCAGGGAUCCAUAAUCAAUAACAUUGAGAAAAACGUGUAUAGCACUCAGGAAUAUGUUGAAAAAGUCAAUGUUCACAUUAAGAAAGCCACACAGUACAAGAGGAAAAAUCCCUUCCUUCAAUUAUGUCCCUGUCUGCCCUGUUGGAGAAACAACCAAACAUUUUAGGACUUAUUAAGCACCUUAUGUAAUUUUAUUUUCUUUAGUAAUGUAAUGUAAUGUUAUAGACUGCUGAAAAAACUGCGUCCAAAUAAAUCCAAUGUUUACAAUGAUAA